AUUGCAAACGUCUUCACCAUCCGUACCUCUGCCGGCCCUGACUCACACUGGAAGGCCUACGUUAACGAAAUGCUGCUCACACUCUAAAUUCUGCUGCAUCGAGAUGACCACCCUUUUCCCGUUGUCCUUCACGGAUCAACCGUGCGAUGACUCGGUCUCCACUCGCUCUCCUACGUACACGUCGCCUGUGGAGUACGACGGAUCAAGUGAGAGUGAUAGCGAGCUCUUGUUGAGUCUCUUCGGCCACCCUGAACACAAUUCCUCCUCAAACAACGUCGCCGACAGAGGCGGACGUCCAUUUCCCUAUACCCGCUCCAAGACUCGAUGGCGUAAGCGUCCGAAUGACGAGCUCAAGUAUCUGCGAGCGCAGAUCGUCGAGCUUGAAGGUUUGGUUGCAACUUUGAGCAACUCGCACUCCCGACCGAAAUUACUUGGCAAUGGUGAAGACUGUGGAGAUAAUAACCAAGUGGAAGUGCUCCAGAGACUCUCAGAAGAAAGUCACAAGAAGAAGAUGGAGGCUGCGCUGGCCGAGAACCGGAAGCUUAAGGCCAUGGUAGCAAGUCACUUCCAAGUGGCUAAGGCGUUGCAAACCGCUCUUGACGAGAGCAUGCGACUGCGAGCACGUAAAGUAUGCUGGCCUACCAGUGCCGCUGCUUCGGAUGAAUUGGUGUUCGCCUUGUUGGACGAAGAGAAAGAGCUGCAAUACGCUGCGACAGACAAGGUCCUUGACGCGAGUGGGAUCGCUAGGAUCUACCAUCCGUACUUCUCCGAGCCCGAACUCCACCGUGAGGGUAGUGGAGUGUAUUUCCAACAUAAUGACGUUCGUGUUCUUCCGUUCGCUGUGGCAGACGUCGUUCGUGCGCUGCGUCACAGUUUGAGGCAUGGAUCAAACGUGGGUCCCGCGCAACACUGCCGCAAGUUCCUCAUGCAGGACGCAUUCUCUCAAGCCGUGACGGUGGACAACGUGGAAGUUCCUGGCACUGUUCCGGCUGAAAUCAAGGGAAGACACUUGUUGUGGUCUGUCGUCAAGCCUGAGCGAACUGUCAUCAACUGGUCGAGUUUUAACGAGUACGAUGGAGCCAAGCACAUUCGACUGCUCAAAAGGUUGUGGUUCUCUGUCGAGCCGAUCGCUUUGCACGCUGGCCCGUCGACACAAGGCUGUAUUCUGCGGACCAUUGUUCGCUUUACUCCUGUGGAUCCUGAGACCAGUCUGAGAGACAUUGAGGAGAUGGCGGAUGUUAUUAUCUCGGGCUAUAAGCGCGACUCGGUGAGAGUUGUCAUGGCUGUGAGACAACAAUUGGCAGCUUUGGCCGCGUCGAGAAGAUGUAGAAACUGUAGGAGCACUCACUUUUUCCCGUAUAAGAACGUCGGAUCCAUCACGUUCCCAUUAUCUCCAACUGUCAUCACCGGACUUGAAGGUUAGAGUAAUUGAUACCUAAGUUACAAAUACUUUGGCAUCCACAAUGAAAAGAUGAUUUCUCGAGACAA